CAUUAGCAAAGAAGAAGAAGAAGGCAAGAACCUAGUUCAACCUUCAACCACAGAAAACAGACCUAUAAAUAGACAUAAACAGACACAAAUCAAUUUCAACAAGCAUCUAACUUACAAAAAGGAAAGACGGAAGAAGUUGGUCUACAUUUAAUUAAAUGCUAAAAGUGACGUGUUCUUGUAUCGUGUUGCGUCCUCUUCGUGUCAUUUCGUAUUUUUAUUUAAAGUGACAUAAUCGAUAUGUGAAAAAAAUAGUAUUUGAACAAAAGGCUGUAUUUAAUAUAAAAUAUUGAUAUUUGCAUCUCAAGAAGGUACACAAAAAUUGUCUGCGACGUGUGUUUGUUAUGCUAUGUGGAAUACAUCGUUGAUUUGUUCAGCAAUUUGUUAUUAUGUCGUAAAAAUUGUUGAGAUAAGGAAACUUUAUCUCUCGUGUGAAUUGGUAUGAAUGUAUAAAACAUGCCUGGAGGCAGACGAAACGCUGUCAGUCGGACUGGAUCAACUGCCAGAUCCGGUAAUGGUAACGUUAGUUUAGUCAAUAUCAAUGGAAGAAGCAAUAGCGGAGAAAGAACAAGUGCCAAUGGUACAGAUGACAAAAGGUUUGACGAAAUUUAUGGUGGAAGGUCUCUGGCACCAAAGCACAUUCCUAUACCUGCGGUACCAGUCGAUGGACAGUUGGGCUUUGAAGCGUUAUCUUUGGUCGUCUCGAUUAUUGCAGCUUGUCUGCAAUUGCUUAAUCUAUAUAGAACUGUAUGGUGGCUACCAAAUUCCUAUAAUGGUUAUACUAUGAAUUUUUAUUUGAUAGAUCCUUACCUACUUGUAUUUAUUUUUACUAUGGUGGCACAUAGAUUCCUAUAUAUAUUAUUACGUCAGAUCAUUGAUGUUUCAUUGCCAGUUCAAUCAGUACCCGCAAAAUUGGCAAUCCGAAAUAUUAUAAGGUCAUCUCUAUCAGUUGCUGUAAAGAGCGUGUUGGGCUGGUGCCUGUAUCAUAUGAUUGAGAAGCACAAUUCUAUGAAAAUUUUUUAUUUAUGUUAUCCAAGUUUAUCAGUAUAUUUUGUUAUGUUUGGAAUACGAACAGCACCAUUUUUUGAUAUGUCGUUCUCGAAUGGAAAAGAAGAACGAAAAACAAAGUAUAUAUUAGAUAAACCUUUGCACAAUUGCUCACUAAACGCAUCGGCCAUCAGAGCAGAAGUAUCCACUUUGAGAUCCGAUUUUAAUAGGCGAUUAAAGCGAGCUUUAUUUUCGUCUUCCGGUAGCGCAUAUGUUUGUGUAGUUGCGCCUAUUAUUUUUGUACCUCCACAUUUACAUUUUAAUGUAUUGUGGGUAGUACAACAUGUAAUCUUGUUCUGGCUCGGAAGGAUAUGUGCUUACUUCGCUCAAGCUUACCCUUUCAGAUAUUGUGACGAGUUACAUAGAGCAGCGAUGCACUUGGGCCGAUGGAUUAAAAUAGAAAAUCGCAAUAAUCACAUAUAUGCCGAACCGUGGAAUGAAACAGUAUUGUGGCCUCACGGGUCGAUUGUAAGGCACAAUCGAGAAAUUUAUCGUUCUGAAGGUUUGUGCACAGCAGCGGAACCGGGUAAUCUAAGUCACUCUAGAUUUUAUGGUUUAUUUAAUAACAGAGUAACACUUCUAAGUCCAAUACUGGCAUUGCAAUUAUUAUUGGUGAACAUUCAAUUAUUUAUUUUAUUAGGCGUGACCGAAUGGUAUCAAAUACUAUCGACGAUAUUAUUAUUAGUUAUACAUUAUUAUACUUUGUUCAAAAUGGCUAGGGAUUUUCUAGUAUCUUGGAAAGUGUAUCGUGCUGAACAAAUAAUUCAAGAAAAGUCUCAAACGGUUGUGAACCCAAUUGCUCAAUAAAAUACAAGUGUCAUUUCUGCAACAUUUU